AUGGUGGCGCCGGGGCCUCCGGCGGCUGGAGACGCCUUCGGUGGGCGGCCGGCGGCGGCGGCUGGUGGCUGGCCUGCUGUGGCGGGCGGCCAGACUGGCCUGAUGGUGGCGUCGGGACCUGCGGCGGCUGAGGACGACCUCGGUGGGCGGUCGGCGGCGGCGGUUGGUGGCUGGCCUGCUGCGGCGGGCGGCCAGACCGGCCUGAUGGUGGCGCCGGGAGCACUGACGGCUAGGGACGCCUUCGGUGGACGGCCCGCGGCGGCGGCUGGUGGUUGGUCCGCUGUGUCGGCUGGUGGCUGGCCUGCGGCGGCGGCCGGCCAGACCGGCCUGAUGGUGGCGCCGGGGCCUCCGGCGGCUGGAGACGCCUUCGGUGGGCGGCCGGCGGCGGCGGCUGGUGGCUGGCCUGCUGUGGCGGGCGGCCAGACUGGCCUGAUGGUGGCGUCGGGACCUGCGGCGGCUGUGGACGACCUCGAUGGGCGGUCGGCGGCGGCGGUUGGUGGCUGGUCUGCUGCGGCGGGCGGCCAGACCGGCCUGAUGGUGGCGCCGGGGCCUCCGGCGGCUGGAGACGCCUUCGGUGGGCGGCCCGCGGCGGCGGCUGGUGGCUGGCCUGCUGUGGCGGGCGGCCAGACUGGCCUGAUGGUGGCGUCGGGACCUGCGGCGGCUGUGGACGACCUCGAUGGGCGGUCGGCGGCGGCGGUUGGUGGCUGGCCUGCUGCGGCGGGCGGCCAGACCGGCCUGAUGGCGGCGCCGGGGCCUCCGGCGGCUGGAGACGCCUUCGGUGGGCGGCCCGCGGCGGCGGCUGGUGGUUGGUCCGCUGUGUCUGGCGGCCCGACCGACACCUUCGCUGGGCGGCCGGCGGCUGUGGCUGGUGGAUGGGCUGCUGUGGCGGGCGGCCAAACCGGCCUGAUGGUGACGCCGGAACCCGCGGCGGCUGAAGACGACCUCGGUGGGCGGUCGACGGCGGUGGCUGGUGGUUGGCCUGCUGCGGCGGGCGGCCAGACCGACCACACCGGCCUGCCGCCGGCGACUGGGGACACCUUCGGUGGGAGACCGUCUGCUGCGGCGAUCGGUCCGCCUGUGGCAUCGAGUGGACCUGUGCACGGGGAGGUGAUUCGUGAACUUCCGUCGGGGCGGCUUUCCGGGGCAGAGCGUGGUGACCUGGUGGGUCUUCGGGUGAGUACAGCUACAGUGUCCGCUUCUUCGCCCCCGUCGUUCACUUUUGCGAGAUGUGAACAGCCUCUAGUUGCCGAACCUGAGGACCGAGCGCCGGACUCAGUGAAGGAUGCUCGUGAUGGGUUGGUGGAAGAGCGGGUACAUACCUCUGUGUCAGGGUCUGGCUCUAAAGCGGGGGGCGGAAUCGCUCGUGUCAUUGGGCUCAGGUCCUCGGCUGGGGCAGCAGGUGGCUGCCGGAGUGCGACGGCGGGAUAUGUGCCCUCUCAGACUGUCUCCGGUUCUUCGGGGUUGGGUUCAGUGGCUUGUAGCGGGGGACGGUCGGUUGGGACACGAGCGGUGUGCGGCAGGGGAAUUCUUCGUGUAGUGGGACUAAAUUCAUCAGUUGGCAUGUGUGGGAAUGAGUCCGACACGGCAGUGAAAGCGGGGACUGACUGCGAGAUUUUUGUUACUGGCGCUCUGGCCCACAAAUCGGUACAGUGGCUGCUGGACACGGGUGCUCAGUGCACCGUCGUGUCGGAGGAUGUCGUGAGGGACCUAGAUCUCGCGGAGGUGGUGCCAGAGCGCUCUCCGGUAACCGUGGACGGGAGUGCGAUGCCGUUGGUAAAAGUGGUGUCAUGCGACGUGACAGUGGGUGGAAAGACUGUGCGUGACCACCCCAUCUAUGUCGUUAGGAACUUAGACCCUCACUGCCUGUUAGGUAUGGAUGUGUUAGAGCGUAUGGGAUCACACGUGUCGAUUGACUUGCGAAAAAAGGUUGCAACCGUGCGGCGUUGUCAAGUUUUGGCUGAUGCUGGUCGUGUCAAAAUGUCUCAUUCGGUGUGCAUUCCUCCUAAACAUGAAGCCGUUCUAUUGUGCUGUGUCCCCGAUACGGUCGCAGUUGGAGAUACUGUGGUAACUGAACACUCACCAGUGCUGUCAGAUAAGUUUGGGAUCAUGUCGGCUGCCGGUGUCGCAGUGGUGGGUGAGUCACGCACUAUACCCGUUAGAGUGGUGAACCCAUCAGAGCGAGGAAUCCUUCUUCCCGCUCAAACAGAGGUUGCGAUGAUAGCAGAGAACGCUGCGCUACGUGAGGUGGAUCACAUUACGAGUAAGGAGGAGGCUAAAGUCAGGCUCCUGGGAGUCGAUGAUACUGCUGUCACUGCUUGGGUAGAGAGAAUGGUGAGCAAAUCUGAUUUAGUGAGUGACGCAGACAAAAAUGUGUUUCGAGACUUGUUGCUAAAGAAUGUUCACGCUUUUUCACUGAACGGGGAGCUGGGACAAUGUAAUCUGGUGACACACUCGAUUCCUCUGAAGGAGUCCGCUCGUCCGCUUACUCAGCCACCCAGACGGCUUUCCUACCACCAGCGCGGAGGGGUGGAAACUGCUGUGAGGGACAUGUGGCAACAGGGGGUAAUAAGACCCAGCUCUUCGCCGUGGUCUUCUCCCAUCGUGCCCGUUCUUAAGAAGGAUGGGUCACUAAGGCUUUGUGUGGACUAUAGACGGCUGAAUGAUGUGACUCACGGAGACGCCCACCCAAUCCCGCGGGUGGAUGACUGCUUGGACUCUCUUUCUGGCGCGGUGUGGUUCCACACGUUAGAUUUGCGAUCCGGGUACUGGCAACAGGGGUUAGAGGAAGGGGACAAGGAGAAGACGGCCUUCUCCACUCACUUGGGGCUAUUUGAAUUUAACAGGAUGCCGUUCGGGCUGAAAGGGGCACCUGCUUCAUUUCAGCGCCUGAUGAUGGCCGUGUUGGCCGGUCUCACGUGGAGAGAGUGCCUAGUUUAUUUAGACGAUAUAGUGGUCUUUGGGAAGUCUUUCGGUGAGUCUCUGCAGCGUCUUGAGCAUGUCCUCGAGGCGAUAAGCGAUAGCGGUCUUAAGCUUCACCCAGAGAAGUGUGUUAUGUUUAAACGGGAAGUCAAAUUUUUGGGGCAUGUGAUCAACGAAGGAGGAAUAAGUACAGACCCAGAAAAGGUUAGGGUAGUGCAGGAGUAUCCCCGUCCAGCCAGUGUCCAUGAGGUCAGACAGUUCGUGGGACUUGCCAGCUACUUCCGUAAGUUUAUUCCGUCUUUUUCGGAGGUAGCAAAGCCCUUAUUGAGGCUGACAGAGGCGAAGGCACGCUUUCAAUGGGACGAUUCUUGCGAAGAGUCGUUCCUCGCGUUGAAGGGCUUUCUUAUCAGUGCUCCGGUGCUCGCCUUUCCAGAUUUCCAAAAGGAUUUUGUUCUUACAACAGACGCCAGCACUGUCGGCAUAGGAGCUGUGCUGAGUCAGCGGGUGGACGGGCUGGAGCGACCCGUGGCCUACGCCAGCAGGUGCCUGUCAAAGGCCGAGAUGUCAUACAGUGUUACUGAGAGGGAAUGUUUGGCAGUUGUUUGGGCGGUCCGCCACUUCUCAGUUUAUCUCCAAGGGAGAUCAUUUACGCUUAUUACCGAUCACUGUCCACUUACCUAUCUCCGAUCCUGCAAGGAUCCUCGAGGGCGACUGGCUCGGUGGAUCUUGGAACUGGAACAGUACUCGUAUACCAUGGUGUACAAAGCUGGACGGAAGAUAGGCCAUGCUGAUGCUCUGUCUCGGGCCGUUCGCGAGGUACACUUACGCUCAGAUACGCAGGACUUGUUGCGUCUCCAGAUGUCAGACGCUGACUUCUUGAUGAUCGCAUCGUGUCUUGCGAGCGGUCUCCCGUGUCCAUCGGACGCCUCCUCGGUGGUAAAGUUCUAUCUGAGUCGCCGUGACUCGUUGGAGGUUGAUCGGGGGACGGGACUUCUGUUCACGACGCACGAGGGCCAUCGCCAGUUGUUGGUGCCUCCGGCGGGUGUCCGCCAGGUGCUGCAUGAGAGUCAUGACACACAGUGUUCGGGACACUUGGGCAUCGACAAGACGUUGUCCCGUCUUAGGGAUCGGUUUCAUUGGCCAUCCAUGGCUCGGGAUGUCGCGACGUACGUGAAGUCGUGCGUUCCAUGUAGCCAGAGAAAGAGUCCGGCACCUCAACCCCGGGCGUCUUUUGGCAAGAUGCCCGUGCCAAGUGGUCCCUGGCAGUGGGUGUCAGUCGAUGUGACCGGACCUUUCCCUGUGACUGCGGAUGGCAAUCGAUACAUCCUGGUGGUGACAUGUGGGUUCUCGAAGUGGGUGGAGGCGUUUUCUAUGCCAAACCAGGAGGCUGGUACGGUGGCACGUAUUCUGGUUGACCGCCUCUUCUGUAGGUACGGCUGCCCAGAAACCAUUCAUUCUGACCAAGGUCGGAACUUCGAAUCUCGCUUGUUUCAGGAAGUGUGCAAACACAUGGGUAUUUCAAAAACAAGGACCUCGGCUUACCAUCCCCAGGGGAAUGGCCAGGUUGAAAGAUUCAACCGUACGCUCUGUUCGAUGCUUUCCAUGUUCGUGAGUGGGGACCAGAGGAACUGGGAUGAGGUCCUCCCAAAGGUUGUGUUCGCAUACAACACGAGCGUGCACAAGUCUACGAACAUGACGCCCUUUUCAGUUUUCUUUGGUCGGUCAGCUCGUCUUCCGUUGGACGUCGUUUGUCAUGCUGACAAAUGUCCAGCAGCGCCAGUAGCGUGCGGUGUCGAUCAGAACCAGAUUCGAGAGAAGGUGGGCAAAGCAAUCCAAGAGGCAGCAGCUUUGAGGGCAGCGAGUCGGACCGAUCAGGUCAACCAGUUGACUUACCAGGUGGGUGAUUUCAUAUGGGUCCACAAACCGGUUAGGACUGUCGGAAAGUCCCCCAAGCUGCAGCGGCCGUGGUCGGGCCCGUUCAUGGUCAUGGAGAUCUUGUCUCCCCAGUCCUAUCGCGUGAAAGAAGAGGGCAGCCGGAAGUCGUUUGUUGUUCAUCAUGACCGUAUAAAGCCAUGCACGUGUAGGGAAGAUGACGGCUACGUGGUCUUGGCACAGUCACCGGAGAUCCCUCACGAUGCCUCCACUGGUGGUGCUGGGCAUUCACCGUUGUCAGAUGGUGAGCCUGAGGUCCCUGGCGCUCAGUCGGAUUCGGAUGGUGAGAUCCCUGGCGCUCGGUCGGAUACCGGUGCCACGCGUGCGCGUCCAUCGGGGGCUGGACCGGCGCAUGAUAGCGACUUGGAGUUGACUGUCCCACAGUUGACUGUGAUGGGUUCUGUGCCCUCAACUGCAGUCGGGGUGCCUGAAGACUCGACUGACGGUCGUGUUCAGGCUGUUGUGGACGCGGGGCGGACGGAGCUUCCUCGAGAUGACGAAGGGACCGGUGGUUCGUCACCUGUGACUGGAGCCACGCCGGUAGCUAGAUGCGGGGGGUCUGAUCACGACGAGCCCGGGUUAGCGUUGAUUGGGGAGGGGGCUGUGGUUAGGCGCCGAGAGGAUAAUAGAGACGCUGCGGAGACUCAACCGGGGGAAGCUGAAUCUGUGCCCGAAGCUGUAGGAGAGGGUGGAGGGACUGAUUCUCACUCAUCGGUGAGCGAAUCCCGUCCCGUUACUGAUGUACCAAGGAGGGGGACAAGGAGCAGGGCGUGUCCAGACCGGUUUGGAGAAUGGAUUUAUUUCUGA